AUGACUAUUUUGGCGCCCCUCUUGAUCAGCGCCGCCGUGGCGAGCAACUUGGGCCGUCUCGGACCCGUGGUGGCCUCUGCAUUCACGAUACCGAGUGGCUCGAGUCGCUCGACUCUGUCGAUGUCUUCUAUGGAUUAUCGGCCUUCGUGGACGCCUGCUCUCUCACCACGUGCUUCCAGGCUGCAAGAUGAGCCUGCAGUGAUGGCGCGCUCUGCAUUUGCCGCUACGGCGGCCGACGCUGCAGACUCCUUGGGAACAACACAAGGAACGGCAGGCGUCGCAGGGGGUUUUCACACAGCCCACCUGGCGGUCCCGAUCAAUCUCGCUGGAAAGACGGCCUUCGUCGCGGGCGUCGCGGAUAGCCACGGGUAUGGAUGGUCCAUCGCGAAGCAGCUCGCCAGCGCCGGAGCGCGUGUGGCCCUGGGAACGUGGCCUCCAGUUCUCGGGCUCUUCCAGAAGUCUCUUCAGACUGGAAGACUCGAUGACGAUAGGAGACUGCCCGAUGGGUCGCUCCUCGAAUUCGCAGGCAUAUAUGCGCUCGACGCCGCCUUCGACCGCCCCGAGGAUGUGCCUGCAGACGUGAAGGAGAAUAAACGGUACGCAGGCCUCGACGGAUACACCAUCGCCGAGGUGGCACAGAAAGUUAAAAACGACCUGGGCGAAAUCGACAUUCUCGUGCAUUCUCUUGCCAAUGGACCGGAGGUGACCAAGCCCCUUCUCGAAACCAGCCGGAAAGGCUACCUGGCGGCGUCGAGCAACAGCGCGUAUUCCUUCGUUUCGCUUCUUCAGCAUUUCGGCCCAAUCAUGAAACAGGGCGGCAGCGCGGUCACUCUCUCCUAUUUGGCUGCUGAGCGCGUAAUCCCAGGCUAUGGAGGCGGCAUGAGCAGCGCCAAAGCAGCUCUGGAAUCUGACACUCGCACGCUGGCGUGGGAGGCAGGCCAGAAGUACGGGGUGCGAGUCAAUGCAAUCAGCGCCGGUCCUCUGAAGAGCCGCGCUGCCAGUGCGAUCGGCAAAGAUGGCGAAAGGAGCUUUAUUGACUAUGCCAUCGAGUACUCGUACAACAACGCCCCUCUGAGAAGACACUUGUACAGUGACGACGUCGGCGGCGCUGCCUUAUUCCUCCUAUCUCCCAUGGCGCAAGCAGUGAGCGGGGUGACUCUGUACGUGGACAAUGGCUUGCACGCCAUGGGGCAGGCCGUGGAUUCCAGGUCGAUGCCACCUCCGCGCACAUCUCCUCAGUAA